GGGCCGCUUUGCGCAGGGAGCCUGAGCGCCAAGGCAACAAGGAGCCGCCAGCCCCCCCCUUCCUUCCCCCUCCAGGGUGCCGCGCUGCGCGUCCGGCCCUUUGUGUGGCUGGCAGCCUCGGGGCUCGCUCCUCCUCCCCUGCCGGCCCGGGCUGCGCAGAGCAUCGCCCCCCCGCCCCCCGCAUUUAUCUUAAUUCGCCUCCGAGACAAGAUGGCAACGCCGGCGGCUGUAAAUCCUCCCGAAAUGGCUUCAGAUAUUCCUGGAUCAGUGACAUUGCCGGUUGCACCUAUGGCAACAGGACAGGUGAGAAUGGCAGGAUCCAUGCCUGCUAGAGGAGGAAAGAGGCGUUCUGGAAUGGAGUUUGAUGAUGAAGAUGGGGAAGGUCCCAGCAAAUUUUCAAGGGAGAAUCAUAGUGAAAUUGAAAGACGCAGGAGAAAUAAGAUGACACAGUAUAUCACUGAGCUGUCGGACAUGGUGCCCACCUGUAGUGCAUUGGCCCGUAAACCUGACAAGCUGACAAUUCUGCGUAUGGCUGUUUCGCACAUGAAGUCUAUGAGGGGCACCGGAAAUAAAUCUACUGAUGGGGCAUAUAAGCCUUCUUUCCUAACGGAACAGGAACUGAAACAUCUUAUCCUUGAGGCUGCAGAUGGGUUCCUGUUUGUAGUUGCAGCUGAGACGGGGAGAGUCAUCUACGUAUCGGAUUCCGUUACGCCAGUGCUGAACCAGCCACAGUCAGAGUGGUUUGGCAGCACGCUCUAUGAGCAGGUUCAUCCAGAUGAUGUGGAAAAGCUGAGAGAGCAACUGUGUACAUCUGAAAACUCUAUGACAGGGCGAAUUUUGGACUUGAAGACUGGAACAGUAAAGAAGGAAGGUCAGCAGUCCUCAAUGAGGAUGUGCAUGGGAUCAAGACGUUCCUUCAUUUGCAGAAUGAGGUGUGGAAAUGCCCCUUUGGAUCAUUUACCUCUGAACAGAAUAACAACCAUGCGAAAAAGAUACAGGAAUGGCCUAGGCCCAGUAAAAGAAGGAGAAGCACAGUAUGCAGUAGUCCACUGCACUGGAUAUAUCAAGGCCUGGCCACCAGCAGGAAUGACUAUACCAGAAGAAGAUGCAGAAGUGGGACAAGGUAGCAAAUAUUGCCUUGUGGCAAUAGGGAGGCUUCAGGUAACUAGCUCACCUGUGUGCAUGGACAUGAAUGGAAUGUCUGUUCCUACCGAGUUCUUGUCUAGACACAACUCUGAUGGAAUAAUCACAUUUGUUGAUCCAAGAUGUAUCAGUGUGAUUGGCUACCAACCACAGGAUCUUCUGGGAAAAGACAUUUUAGAAUUCUGCCAUCCGGAAGAUCAAAGCCAUUUGAGAGAGAGUUUCCAACAGGUUGUUAAACUGAAAGGCCAAGUCCUAUCUGUGAUGUAUCGUUUUCGUACCAAAAACCGGGAGUGGAUGUUAAUCAGGACCAGCAGCUUCACUUUUCAGAAUCCUUAUUCUGAUGAGAUUGAAUACAUCAUUUGCACCAACACUAACGUUAAACAGCUUCAGCAACAGCAAGCCGAGCUUGAAGUACAUCAGAGAGAUGGGUUGUCCUCCUAUGACUUAUCUCAGGUACCUGUUCCAAAUAUACCAACUAACGUUCAUGAGGGUGGAAAGCCAGUGGAGAAGCCAGACACUAUCUUCUCCCAGGAGCAGAAUCCUAGGUUUGCUGAGAUGUUUGCAGGAAUAACUGCUUCAGAUAAAAAAAUGAUGGCCUCUGCGUCCCCAGCGGGAAACCAACAGCUUUAUUCUCAGGGGAGCCCAUUCCAGCCAGGACAUUCAGGAAAGGCUUUCAGAAAGAAUGCAACACUGACAAGAAACAGCUCAUCCGUGGUACAUGUGCCUGGUGUGAACGAUAUCCAGUCCUCUUCUUCAACAGGCCAAAAUUUGACACAGAUCUCUCGUCAGUUAAAUCAGAGUCAGGUUGCCUGGACGGGGAGUCGUCCACCAUUUCCAGGACAGCAAAUCCCAUCACAAUCUGGCAAGACGCAAUCAUCACCCUUUGGAAUUGGAACCAGUCAUACCUAUCCAGCUGAUCCAUCAUCGUACAGCCCUCUCUCUAGCCCAGCCACUUCUUCCCCAAGUGGAAAUGCCUACUCUAGCCUAGCAAACAGAGGUGCAGGGUUUGCUGAGAGUGGCCAAAGCAGUGGACAAUUCCAAGGGAGACCUUCGGAGGUCUGGUCCCAGUGGCAAAGCCAGCAUCAUAAUCAGCAAAGCAGUGACCAGCAUUCUCACCAGCAGCCCAGUCAGACUGAAGUCUUCCAAGACAUGCUGCCUAUGCCGGGCGAUCCAACACAGGGCACUGGAAAUUACAACAUUGAAGAUUUUGCUGAUUUGGGCAUGUUUCCACCAUUUUCUGAGUAAUUUACAACGCAGACAAACUCUGUGAAAUGAAGUUCAACAAAACCAUUUCGGUGUGGUUUUGGCUCUGCUUUUCCUGUAUUGCAUUACCGUAGAAUCUACUAACAAGAAGUCAUGUUUCUCAUAUUUUGGAUAGUGAUAUAGGAGUUUGCUCUCUCUCCCUUCUGGUGUGUGAGUGCUGAUGAAGAAGUUACACCACUUGGUGGUGGUCAUUGACAGAUCCAUUUUGUAUUUUCUUGUCAUCUACCUCAGAGAUGAAAAACUUUGCUUGAUUGUGAAAAAUCUCUGAGUCCUAAAUAUUUGAAUGUGAAAAAUUCCUAAUGCUCCCUUUGAAUGGUAAAUUUAAAAUAGAUAAUGAAGUAACAAAGACUAACAGAGAAAAGGUAAGGUAACGUCCUGUUACAGGGUCUAUUGUUCAGAUUCAAUGCCUUGCUUUGAUCUUAAAUCUCUGAAAACAGACUCAGUAUUCUGAUUUCUUUGAUUCUUGAGAUUUUUAGGUCAGUGUGAAUGUGAGAUUAUACAGCAUAAUAUAGUUCUCUCUGACCAGAAGAUUCAGCACCUUUUUUCCCCUCUCUUAACCCAGUUAAACUUGAAUAUGUGUACAUUUUAGUACUGUAUGUAUAUCUUGUGCUGUAUGAUGUGAUUUCCUGUAUUGGUAGGGUUUGUUUUUUUUAUACAUAUAAAAUGGGUCCGUUUCAGAGUAUACCGAAAGGGGUGACAAUGUAUUGCAGAACUUAGAUAUUGCAGGAUUCUGCAUCACUUUACUUAUAAAUAACACUAAUUGGUUAAUUCUGGUCAUUCUGAUUUAUGUCAUAUAGUUACUUAUGCAAGCUGUUAUUCUUUUUUUCACUGAAUUUAUUAAGUGAGACCUAUAUUUCUAUAAUUUUCUCACUACCUGGUUUUAUUUUAUUUUUUGCCUUCUAUUAUUGCAUCCCCCAAAAAAUCCUUUUAUAAAAUUACUGUACAACAUAUCAAGAAUACUGUUUCAGCACCAGCAGCAUUUCCUGUCUGUGAACCCCCUUUAUCUCUUGUGCAACAUUACAUUUUAACAGUUAAAAGAGGUGCCCUGUUACAACAGAGGCAUCUAGGCUCAUUUACUGAGAGCAGUGAGCUAGUUUGUUUCAUGUGCCAAACAAUGUGGUUAAAACUAAUUUGUAAUAGGAACCAACCAGUCAAGCCAUUGUCUGCCAAAAACACUGUGGAGUUAACUUGAAUUUUCACUUGCAUGCUAAACUGCUGAGCAUCCAUCUACUUCUGUUAAACCCACUGUAUGAGGGUUUCAAUUCACUGGGCAUUUUGGAGACUCAGGCCAUCCAGAAGGGUGCAUGCUUUUCCAUGGCUCUGAGUCUUGCUGCCUGGCAUAUCCAUCAGAAACUUCUAGAAUUUCUGUUCCUUUAUUUAUUUUAUCACAUCAGUUGAGUUACAGAGAUCUGAUCUAAAAUGAAGAUUUAGGGCCAAAUAGUCCCUGCUUGUGGGGGAAAAAAAUCACCCCUGGACAAGAAACUCAAAAUUCCCACUUGCUGAACUUCUUUGAAAUUCUUUGUAGGUUGCAGCCCAGCCCCCUUGAAAAAGGGGAAGAGGGUCCAGCUGCCUAAACCUGUGGAUGCCCUGGGAUCCAUGCAAAUCUCUGGACACCUAAAAGAAGCAAGGGCCACCCACCUAGAGGCCUGGUGUCUCCACACAUUGCCAGCCGACAUGCUGCCAUUGCCUGGCUACUUGAAGCUACCUCUGAAUUCAGAGGUGUCUUCCAGCAGGGAUGACUAUUGGCAUACACUGUGUCAGCAUGGUCUUAGGUGCGUAAUCACUGGGGGUUCCUUGGGUGGAUGAUGCCAUGGAGAGCAGCCAUCUCCCUAACUCAUGGCCUGCUCUGGCCACAUGGGUCUCAUUCAGAGAGACUUCCACAGGCUGUCAGACCAAAGCUAGCGGGCCACAGAGACGCUGCUCCCAACCCUAAUCAUGUGACUGGGGCUUUUCUCACCCUACUCUGCUUUCUGGCAUGUCACAUAGUGGGGUAAGUGGUCUUCAAUGUUCAGUGAGAGUUUUGCCUGCCGUUUGCCUCUUCGCUUCAUUCUCCAGGACCAGUCCCCAGCCCUGUGUGCCACUGGAGGGAUGGUUUGUGUAUGUGUCUUUUUUGCUUGUGUUUUUUAAUGAAAACUGAAUCUAGUUCAAAGCUAGAUAAAGAACUGCAGAGGCCCCAGAUCUCUGGACUGUACUUGUCUCAGCAGAGUCAUCCUGUUUUAAAAAUGGGCACCUCUUCUCCUGCCCCAGGGGAUGAGGGGAAUACUCAGCUAGCUGAGGAAACCAUGCACUUAAACUAUAUUUAUUUUAAUACCUGGAUAUUGAUUCUCUUGAAGCUGCCCCUGCUGCCCUUCACUCCCAUCUCACACACACUGCAUGGACAAAGAACUGAUCAGUGAGUUAGACUAGAAAAGCUCUGCUCCCUGUAGUGAGCAUAUCCAUUGAAUUCACUGACCCCCCCAUAAAAGAUACCUGUAUUCUACACAUGGCUGUGUGGGUGAAGUGAGACAUCUGUGCAAUAGGGAAUGAUAGUAAAAGGAGAAGUAGAUGAUCCUGAUUCUGUGACAGAUCUAACAAUGGGGGAAGAAGGGAGUGGCCCAGCAAUUUAUAGCUCUUUAUAUAAUGCACUGGACAUGAUACAGUCAGUAUUUUUUAAAAUUUUUAAAUGAAGAUUUCUGUCAAGUGAAAAAUGGAUUGGAAAAUGGGGUUCCUAUGUUGCAGUCUACCUGACAGGUUGCUCUGCGUGUAUGUAUACUUUACUUGUUGUUCCUGAAUUCAAUCUAAAAUAAUGUGUUUAUGAAAACUGUUUUUUCCAGCCCAGAAAAGUUUCUCUACAUAUCACUGUCUUUUUAUACUAUUGAUGUGUAGAAGUAGGCUUAUCAGUCAGUAUUUGGUAGUACAGUUCGAAGUUCUUUGUUAAAAGAUAUUCAAGCAUGUCUAUUUUUUUAAAAUACAGUAUUACUAGUUUAAAGCCAGUGUGCCCAAGGCAUCAGUGCUAGGUCUGUUUCUUGUCUUCUUCCUCCCCAUCCCACUCCAUCCUUGUGGCCACGAAAGGGAAUUACUGUAGUAUUAAAGGCCAGUCUAGAAGAGUGUAAGGCUUUCACCCACUUCACUUUGGGCCACAGUAUGCCCCUGUUUGUAUUCUGCUAUCCUGGGCCAACGCUUUCUCCCUGUUUCUCCAUUCUCCCUAGCUCCCCUCCAGCUGAUCCCACCCACAGUAUCUUGACAUUGCUUUCCCUGUGUUGGAAGGGAAGAUGUGGGUGAUCUUUUCUGAGGGUGCUGUUACUUUCACGCCAGCAAGAAGGGAGUUCUUAAGGAGCAUUAUGACUGGCAACCUUAUUCCUGAGACCAAGUGAAUAGGCAAGUCUAGCAUUCACUAGUGCUCCUAGGGCUCCUCUACAGUACGUGCUGCCUCCAUGCCACUGGCUGGCUCUUCUGAAAUAUCUUUCUCAUUCUAAUUCUUGUGGCAGCAAAGGCUGUUUUAACAUAAGUGAAGCUAUAUUCUUUGUUGUGUGUCUUGAUGGUAAUAAAACAACUUACAUGUAUAAUGACUGAAGUUGCUAAGUGCAUUUUAAAAGUGUCCUUUUUUAUUUGUGCAGUUAGCAUAACGCCUGUGGUAGGUCAGCUGCCAGCUUCCAGAGUUUGCAGAUUUGACAUGCAGAUUGUUUUCUACCGGCAGACUUAUGUUUUCUGAUCAGAUUUUAUUGCAAACACAGUGUUUCUGAAAUCAGUGCAAAAUAUAGAACUGAAGCUUUUUAAAUCAAAUGUGCAAGAAGCUACAAAUGAUAAUGUAACAAGCUGAGUAAGUUACUUCAGCAAGUAAGCUUAUAGACUGGGACCAUUUUCGUAUGCUGAGGCAUUUACUUAUUCGUUCAUAUAAUCAAGCCUGUUUCCUGACAUUAAGUAUUUUACAGGAAUGAUUGUAUUGUGUAACUUGUUAAAGGCACCACUGACAGUGCCUACAAUUAUACUUUAACCAGAUGUGUCCAUAACUAGCUUUGUUGCCUUCUUUUUCAUGAAGCCCAGUCUGAAACUGUAAAUACUUUUUGCAGUACUGCCUUUUUUAACUCCUAAUUACUUUUGGCACAGUGUUAUAUAGUGUUGGAUUUACCCAAUUGCUAUAACAUAUAUUUUUAUACAUAGGCGUACUCUUUUUCGAGAGUAAUACAGCCAUUUAAUCAUUAAUGCCUUAUCGGUGUCAUACUGCUGUUGCUCUUUGGUUGGUUGGUUUGCAAGGUAUCCAGUGGGUUAAUUUUUAGGUCAGAUAUUUUCAUAUUCAUAGCAGUGCUCAAAUUGGGAUAUAGGUGAUUGUGCGGUAGCCCCAGUUUUCACUGUUGCCAAUUGUGGAGAGGAAGGGGAAUGUAUUCCAAAAUGGGGAAAAGAGUGGGGCGUACCAUGACAUUUAUGGGAGCACUCUCCUACUCCAAACUUGAGCACGUUUUCAUGGGUUGACAGCUACAUGGAUAUGGACCAGUUUGCUUAGAGUCAUGAUCUUUUUUUUAAAGAUAAUAAAUGCCAAAAAAAGGCUUCUGUUGUCAAGUUAGGCACUUGGUUACUUAUCUGUUUAAACUCUUUAUAUUGCUGUGAAAUUGUGCUGUGGAUAAAGUGUAUUUUGUACUUCUGAAUGUUCUAUAUUUAUGACUAACAGUUACGGAAUCAGUUGUGUGUAUGUAUAUCUAAUAACUGACUUUUUAAAUUUCAUUAAAAUAAAAAUGU